CCGAACGAAGUAAACAAAACUGACAGUUCAUAUUAAAAAAGAAAACAUAACCUUUUAUAAGUAAAUAGUUUUCAGGAAUUUGUUUUUUCUAUCACGUAUUGAAUGAAAUAGGUACUCCAUUCAAAUAAAAAAUGGUGUUUAUUUGCGUCUUCCUUAUUAAUCUGCUAUUUGCUGCUGCUCAAGACUCAGGCUACUGUGAUGCUUCCUCAAAAAGUUGCGAUCUCAAAGUAGACGAACAAAAACUCAUUUUCUAUGAUGUAAAUCCACCAGAAGGUUUUAAUUUACGUCGUGAUGUUUACAUGAGAUUCGCUAUAAUGCUUGCCGAAGCCCAGAAGCAUGGAAAACGGAAUGACUGGCAGUUAGUUUUGCCACCUUGGUAUCAUUUAUACCAUUGGAAAAUAUCACGCAAACCGACUCCAUGGGGCCAUUUUUUCGACUUGAACUCUCUUAAAUCGUACGCCCCCGUAACCGAAAUGUACGAGGUGAUGAGUAGAACUCCCAAACUAACCAUUGACAGAUUGUAUAUACUUCAAAACUUCGAAGAUGCGUUUGAAGGUGGCAAUUUUAAAGAAAAAUGGGAAAUUAGUAAAGACGAAUGUUACUACGAAGGCUUUUGGGGCUAUAACAAUAUAACUGUUAAAGAGAAGGUUUGCGUUAAAUUUCAAGGGAAAAUUUCAAAAUUAUGGGAGCUUGUACAACUCCAUUCGAAGGACACAAAAAUAAUGUUUUCACACGGAGAAAUACCAUUACACGACUCUUAUGGUACAAAAAGUUUUUGGGACUGCAGAUGGAGCAUGAAAUUUAACAAUAAACUCAUCAAAAUUGCAACAAAAUAUAUGGCAGAUAACUUGAAUUGUUAUACAACACAAUGCUCCACAUAUUUAAGCAUACACUGGAGAAGGCAAGACUUUAUUUACGGUAGAAAAGAUUUUGUCCCAUCUAUUGAGGGUACAGCUAAACAAAUAGACAAAGCAAUCAAAACCAACAAUUUAAAGAUUGAUAAAAUCUUCAUAGCCACUGAUGCAUAUAAAUCAGAAAUAGAAAAACUGGAAGAGCAAUUGAAAAUACUUAAUUACAAGCCUUUUCUGUACAUACCUACUAGAAAAGACAUAGAAUUGCAUGGAGAUGGGGGAAUAGCGAUAAUAGACCAAAUAAUAUGUUCCCGGAGUUCAUAUUUUAUAGGAACUCAUGAAAGUACUUUCUCAUUCCGCAUUCAAGAAGAAAGAGAGAUCUUGGGGUUUGAUAGUCAAACAACAUUUAACCGUUUCUGCCCAGACAAGGGAAAAUGUGAUAAGCCAUCAAAGUGGACUAUUGUGUAUUAAUAUUAAUAAAUUAACAAGGAUUUAAGAGACAAAACAGGAUAUACUGAUGUAACAUACAAAACAAAACAACUGAAAUGGAAGUGGGCUGGACAUACUAUUAGAGGAGAUAAAUGGAGUAAAAUUUUAACACUAUGGCAUCCUAGAGGACAUAAAAGAAACAGAGGUAGGCAAUUUAACACAAUCACUGCCUCACACCUGGUGGGCGCUCGUGUACUUUGUUCAGAUGCCGGACAACCCGCUGGGCGGGUUGUUUUGUACGCAGCUAUAGACCACCGGUUUCUGGGGUAGUGCGCCGUUUUUUGAAGGACUAAAACAUGGACCAGAUUAGUGCAAAAUAAGGAAGAGUGGAGAAGAUUGGGGGAGGCCUUUGCCCAAAGGCACACAGAUUCAGUUAUUGUAGAUUAAGGAAAACUAUAGAUACAGUAAAAAAAUGUAUUUCUGAUAUGAGGCUAUAAAUAAAAUAAAUAAAUAAAUUAAUACAUUCACUGCCAAGAACACAUAUGUGUGUUCAUUUUGUAUUGGAAAUGGGAUGCUUGGUACUGAUAGUGUUAACACACCAUGGAAUGUCUGCAUAAUCUUGACAUGUCCACUGUGGGAGGACCUUGGAAAAUCCCAUGCAAAGUAUGCUUUAUUACAAGUUUCACUACUUGCUGCAGUGAAGGUGAUAAUGGCAAGCAAGCUGUAUUUAUCAUAUUAAUACAUAAGCAAAAAUAAGAUAUGCAACCAAGUACAUAAUUUAGAGGAUGUUACAUAAUAUUGAAGACAGAAGAAAUGAUUUGUACCUAAUAUUAUAUUUUUUCUUUAAUGUAAAUCAUGAUUUCUCAUAAGUGCCAUAUUAAUUUACUUAUUUUUAUCAUAGAUCUGUAAGUUUACACUAUUACGAAAUAAAGUCUUUUUUUAUUUU